AUGAUGGCUCAUGAAACUCCAAUAUUGAUACAUUCAAAAAAGAAUAAUCAUUUUCAACAACAACCACCAGUCAAAAAAUCAAACAAUAAGAAAGAAAAACCAAAGAAACCAAAAGAUAUAAUUAGAACAUUACCAUCUGGUCAACCUGUUGAUUUUGGACAUAAGAAAACAAAAGAAAAGGAAAACAUAAAUAUAAACAACAACAAUAACAACAACAAUAAUAAUAAUAAUAAUAUUAAUAAUAACAACAACAACAGCAACAACAACAAUGGAUCCAAAAAGAGCAAUAAGAAGAAUUUGUCAGUAGUCGAAGAUGAUACAACUUAUGCUGGUUCAUCAUUUCUGUCAUCACCUGCUGCUUUAAACUUACCGAAACCUUCCUUCAAAUCAAAUAUGAAUACAAUAACUCCACCAUUACAAAAUCAAAAUGUUCAAGUAUUACCCCCACAACAACAACAUUUACCACCUCCUCAAUAUCCGGUAACUGCUUUUAAUAAUUUACAUCCAACUCAAUAUCAAAUACAACCUCAAAUUCAACCUGGUUUUCAAUAUCAAAUUGGUCCAAACGGAUUUAUUCAAUAUGGGUAUGGUCAUUUUAAUGGUCAGCCUAUUUAUACUCAUUAUCAACCAAAUUCAUUUACACAACAGCAGCAAAUACAACCACCGCAACCGGCUUUAAAUCAAUCUAAUAAUCAGGGUCAAAAAAUAUCGUUUAAUGAUUUAUUAAGUUCAUCAAAGAAGAAGAGUUAA